AUGGCCGAGUCUUCCACCGCAGGUCAGCACAGCUUGGUGGGCCAGCGGGCCCGUGUUGGAGGGAAUUUGGCAACAAUUCGCUGGGGGCCAGGAGAGCUACAAGCACCCAAGAAGCCAGGAGAGGGCUACCCAGAUGCAGCUCUAGAGGUCGUGGGGGUGGAAUAUGAUGAGGAGGGACUGGGCAAGCACAACGGGUCCUAUCAGGGCAACCAGCUUUUCACCUGUCCGCAAGGGCAUGGAAGCUUUGCAAAGGUGGAGAAAGUUGAGCUUGGCAUGUCCGUACAGCGGGCCAUAGCUGAAAAAUACUUUGCUGCCGCACUUCCUGAUGCAGCGAGGAAGAGUACGCGGGAAGAGACCUUCGAUGCCAUGGAGUAUGUUGACUCAAAGGGGAGGGAGAAAUCCAAAUCCGUCGAGUUGGUUGGUCGCUAUGACAUUGAACAGCGCCAACAAAGGCUGGAAGGUUUUGUGGAGAUUUCGCUGGCGGAGAGUUGCUUAGCUACGCGGUACCCAGAAGAUAUUUGGUCUGGGGACUGGACAGCCCCGUUUUGA